AAAAGUAGAAUCAAGUUAAAGUUUCAUCCUUUAGUAAGAAAAAUCUCCAAAGUAACCAGAAACAGCAAUUGGGAUAUGAUUAAUUGUAGAGUUUAGUUUGUCUCAGCAUUUAUUUCCAAAGAUAAUCUUGGCUGAAAGGCGUAGUGGGUCAUUGCUUUCUCAAAAACCCAAUGCUUUAGAGAACAAAAGAUAAAUUCAAGAUUCUUCCUUUUAUUAUCAUAGCUACUGAAAAAUUUAAAAGUUGUGAAAAGUUCUAUUUUUUAAAAAAAUUUAAAGGCUUGCACAGAAAUAAAGAAUUGAUUGCAUUUCUCCAUAUCAGCUCAUUUCUUGAAUAUGCUUCAAUUUGUGAAAAAAGUUAGUGUUUGCAGAAAGGGACUAGUGUAAUUGUGUGUGUGUGUGGGAAGGAUGAUUCCUCCGGUCUUUGUAAUUGUGUGUGGUGAGGGUUUAGUGGCAUUCCUUUUAAUGGUGAAGAUUGGGCCUUUGAGGGAAUUGGUGAUGAAGGGUUUGGAUGAAGUGAAAAUGAGAAGGGGCACAGUUUCAACCAUAGCUGGAACUAUUUUUGUGAUUCUGUUGUCAUGCUUGUUUAGCGUUGUCGGGUCUAAGCACGGCGCAAUGGCACCUAUGGAUCAGGUGAUUUGGAGGACUAAUCUGUUGGAGGCUACUGUUAUGGCCUUUUCUCUCUUCCUCGGGUUUCUGAUUGAUCGUAUGCACUACUACAUGCGGAGGCUGAGCAAGCUAAGAAGCAGCACCAGAGUUCUAACGCGGGAAAUCGAGAGGCUAGAGACAGAGAAGGUGCAAAUGAGGGAGAUGGGAGAGAGAGCUGCUGAAGAAGCCAAGCAGUUUCAGCAGGAAAUAUCUAGUUUGAUUGAUGAUUUGGAAAUGGUGAAGAUGGAGGCUGCGGAGAAGGAUGUGCUGCUCGAGGCGGCUGAAGCUCAUGUCGUUGCUCUGCAGAAACAAGCGGCGGAUCUUCUGCUCGAGUACGACUGUCGUCUCGAAGAUAGCCAUGGUUGGAAGUGAGGAUAGUUUGGGUGGUAUACUAGUUGAGGUUUUUGUUGUUAGGAAGUAGUGAGUUUUGGUUGUGGCUGGUUUCGGUAUCGCUUACGAGGUCGUUGCUCGCGGGGAGUCGGGCCUGGGCCGAACUUGUGUGCACCUUUAGUAGCAACGACGAGGAAAGGGGCAAGUAGAAUUGACACUGGGAUCUCAACAACUAUUCAUUUAGAGGUUAUUUUCCAGAGCGUUCGAUUUGAUAGAUUAUAUGUGCAUUAUUAAAUCAUAACGAGUGUUGUUCCAUUGAAUGGAUUUAUCAAUAUUUAAUUUCGGCA